AUGGGGGCCAGGCAGUCAAGUGCCCGUUCUAAGGACAAAGAUGCCAAGCAGAUAAGACUUCUGGGGAGGAGGCAGAAAUUCUCUCCGUGGGAUGACAACUUGCUCUCGGGGAAGGAUCCAAGGUCUCUACUGAAGCGGGGCAUGAGGCACGUCAGCUUCAGUUUGGUUACCAAGGGCAUGACGGACAUCCCCAACUUCCUGUGGGGCUUGUCUGAGGUCCAGAAACUCAACCUGUCCCACAACCAACUCCGGGUUCUCCCUCCCGAGGUGGGGAAGUUGACUCAGCUGGUGGUGCUGAACUUGUGCGGGAAUGGCCUCAAGAGUCUACCACGAGAAAUCAGCCUCCUCAAGAGCCUGAAGGUGCUGUUCGUGAACAUGAACCGCCUAACAGAGGUGCCAGCUGAGCUCAGCGCCUGCAAGAGCCUGGAGGUCCUGAGCCUGUCCCACAACUGCCUGUCCCAGCUUCCUGCCAGCUGUGUGGACCUCUGCCGACUGAGGAAGCUGAACCUGAGCAACAACUAUUUUGUGCACAUCCCCGUCUGUGUGUUUUCUUUGAAGGAGCUGGACUUCCUGCAUGUCGGCUCUAACCGCCUGGAAAAUAUCGCUGAGAGCAUCCAGUGCCUGGCCAGCCUGCAGAUCCUCAUCGCCGAGUGCAACAACAUCCACUCCUUCCCAAGGUCACUUUGCUUGCUCACAAACCUGGAGCUCCUGAACUUGAACAACAACGACAUCCAGAACCUCCCAGAAGAACUCUACCUGCUACGUAGACUGGAGAGAAUUGCUUGGAAUCCCAUGGACAAAGGGCUGCAUAUUUCCCAUAACCCUUUAUCUAAGCCUCUGCCGGAGUUGGUGGAGGGGGGUUUGGAGAUGCUCUUCAGCUACCUAAAGGACAAAAAGCACAACUGA